UUCUCCCUCCAAACUCUAUAUAAGCAGUAAGCUUGCCUACCACCUGCGGCAGCUCCAGAUCAUUUUGUUAAUUUCCUUGAGAUAUUUAAAAGAUUAGUACGGAGAGAUCGAAGGGGUAGAGUGCGUGUCGCUAAUUAAGCAAGGAUGCAGUCGAUGAAGGAGAAGGCGAAGAACUUGGACGCCUCGAACAGGUCCGGCAUGGAGAAGACCAAAGCCGUCGUAGAGGAAAAGGUGGAGAAGAUGAAGACGCGGGAUCCGGGGCAGAAGUUGGCGGCGGAGGAGCGGAAGGAGGAGAGGAGGCGGGCGGCGGAGGCGGACAAGCAGGCGGCGAUACAGCAGCACGCCGCGGAGAGGCAACACCCCUCCACCGCAGGCGUCGCCGGCUACCCGAGUGGCCAGCAGACGGCGGCCACCGGCGGGCACCCGGGUGAGCAGCAGACGGCAGCGGGCGGGUACCCGACUGGCCAGCAGACGGCAGUGGGCGGCCGCCCGCCGCACACCACCGGCUACGAGACCGGCACCGGCACCGGCACCGGCACCGGAUCGGCUUUCUAGAGCAGUAUAUAUAAUUCGGCUCUAGUUUGCUAGCUAUAUAUAUAUACAUAUAUCGAUCGAGUACGUCCUUUUAUUUUAAGCUCUUCUGCGGUGGUUUCUAUUUCUCUUCUGGCUCUGUACGUGUCGUUUUAAUUACUAUUAUUUGUAUGUCGGGACUCGUGACUGUGCUGAAUUAUAAUGAAAUAAUAAUCGGUGUUUGAAUAAACUUGUUUUCCUUGUGGAUCCGACAAUCA